GCUUUUAAAGGCUUCAAUUCGUAUUUCCUACCUCUUUGAGUUAUUUCAUUGAAGCGCAAAGCGUUCUCCGUUGAAUCUAAUUCUUGUAUACCCCAUUGAAGCAGCUUCUAAGUGCAGUAAGUUUAGGAUUCGUAUGAAAUUAUGUAUUUUUCGAGAUAAUUCAAUAUGAAAUCAAAUCUCCUUACCCCGGGCCUAGGGCAGCCCAGGGACGAGCCUGCGAACAAGGAUAAUUCUAAGUUGAAGAUAGCAAUUAUUCACCCAGAUCUUGGUAUAGGUGGUGCUGAAAGAUUGAUUGUUGAUGCUGCAAUGGAACUAGCAUCGCAUGGGCACAAUGUGCAUAUUUUCACAUCUCAUCAUGACAAGAAUCGUUGUUUUGAAGAGACUCUCAGUGGUAUCUUUCCAGUCACUGUUUAUGGGGAUUUCUUACCAAGGCAUAUCUUAUAUCGAUUCCAUGCUGUAUGUGCAUAUCUCCGAUGCAUAUUUGUCGCCUUUUGUGUUCUGUUCAUGUGGCCAUCAUUUGAUGUUGUAUUGGCCGAUCAAGUUUCCAUUGUGGUUCCAUUAUUGAAGCUCAAAAGGUCAAUUAAGGUUGUCUUUUAUUGCCAUUUUCCGGAUCUUUUGCUGGCUAAACACACUACUUUACUUAGGAAAAUAUACAGAAAGCCUAUAGAUUUUAUAGAAGAAAGGACAACUGGAAUGUCGGAUUUAGUCCUGGUAAACAGUAAGUUUACUGCAUCAACUUUUGCAAAUACUUUUAAGCAUCUAAACGCUGGUGGAGUUUAUCCUUCAGUUCUGUACCCUGCUGUUAAUGUCGCUCAAUUUGGUGAACCCCAUGCUUCUAAAAUGAAUUUUUUGUCAAUCAAUCGCUUUGAACGAAAGAAGAAUAUUGAUUUGGCAAUUUCGGCAUUUGCAAGUCUUCUCAAAGCUGAGGGAAAUGAAGAGAAUGACGUAACUCUGACCAUUGCGGGUGGCUAUGAUACUAGGCUGAGGGAAAAUGUGGAGUACUUGGAGGAACUUAAAUUUCUAGCACAAAAGGAAGGGGUGACUGAUCGAGUCACUUUCGUUACAUCUUGCUCCACUAGCGAAAGGAACACUCUUCUGUCUGAAUGUUUGUGUGUCCUUUAUACUCCACAGGACGAGCACUUUGGCAUUGUACCUUUGGAGGCAAUGGCAGCUUACAAACCAGUCAUUGCAUGUAACAGUGGAGGACCAACAGAGACUAUUAAGCACGAAGUCACGGGAUUUCUUUGUGACCCUAAUCCACAGGAGUUUUCUUUGGCUAUGGGAAAACUCAUUCAAGAUCCUAAUUUGGCAGGAAAAAUGGGCAAGGAAGCCCGUCAGCAUGUCAUAGAGUCGUUUUCUACCAAGGUUUUUGGUCAGCGUCUGAACAAAUACAUAAUUGGUGUUGUCAGGGGGAAAGCUGACUGAAAAAAUAUGAACAUUUACAAAUCAACAGCUUUAGCUAACUGUAAGCUGAAUGUUGGCUCUGAUAGAGUUUUUAUACACAGUUUUAAUGAUUUUUAAUACUUGCUUCUUAGCCUCCUUUUUGCUUACGACUCCAUGAGACCAUGACCGAUGAUAUUCAAGUUGCUUCAGAGAUUUUCUCCA